UAAUUUAUUUUCCAUUAUAAAUACACAUUCCUCAUUUAAAAUAAUCAUAACCAUAUCUUAUAAUUCCAUUUAAAUAACACUUUCAUUUAUGCAUAAAUACCCUUAAGCUCACUACACCACUCCUCACCGACAAAUGAAACCGCUCGUCUACGGCCGUCUCGGCCCCUCAGAUCACGCUCAAAUCUCUUCUCCGCCUCAUCUCUCCGCCCAAUCUCCGCCUCAUCCUCCUCCUCCUCCUUCCCGGAGACGGAAGAUUCUCUUCUUAUCAGUCUUCUCAAUUACUCUCAUCAUCGCCUCAGCCGUCUCCGCCACUUUACUUAUCGGCCUCCGCACUCGCGCUUCCUCCGACCACUCCUCCCCCGCCGUGGCGCGGAAACCGACUCAGGCCAUUCAAAAAACAUGUGGAAAAACUCGCUAUCCAAGUCUCUGUGUCAACUCGUUACUUGAUUUUCCCGGUUCGUUAACCGCCAACGAGCAGGACCUGGUUCACAUUUCGUUCAACAUGACACUUCAGCACUUCACUAAAGCGCUCUAUUUUUCAUCUACUAUAUCCUAUCUCGACAUGGAUACACGUGUACGGUCAGCUUACGACGAUUGUCUCGAGCUUUUGGAUGACUCUGUCGACGCGCUUACACGCGCUCUCUCCACUAUUGGAGGUCCAUCAGCUAACAAUGCGCGUCCGCAGGCGAUCGGUGGGAGCAAUGAGGAUGUGGUGACGUGGCUGAGUGCUUCGCUGACUAAUCACGACACGUGUACGGAGGGAUUUGAAGGGCUGAGUGGCUCAGUGAAGGAUCAAAUGGCUAAUAAGCUGAGGGAUUUGUCUGAGUUAGUUAGUAACUGUUUGGCGAUUUUUUCAGCGAGUGAUAAUGACGAUUUUGCCGGCGUGCCGAUUCAGAACAAGCGGAGACUGUUGACGGAGAAUGCCGAGACCGGUGAGUUUCCGAGGUGGUUAGGGAGGAAAGAACGGAGGUUACUGAGUUUGCCGGUGUCGGCGAUUCAGGCGGAUAUUAUUGUUUCGCAAGACGGGAACGGGACGUGUAAAACGAUUGCCGAAGCAAUUAAAAAAGCGCCGGAGAAAAGUCUUCGGCGAACGAUUAUUUACGUGAGGGCAGGAAGAUAUGAAGAGUCCAUUUUGAAAGUGGGGAGGAAAAAGCAGAAUUUGAUGUUCAUUGGUGAUGGCAAGGGUAAAACCAUCAUUUCAGGUGGUAAAAGCGUUGCUGAUAAUAUUACCACGUUUCACACUGCGUCAUUUGCUGCAACCGGAGCUGGUUUUAUUGCUCGCGGCAUAACCUUCACCAAUUGGGCUGGUCCGGCUAAGCACCAAGCUGUGGCUCUUCGAAUUGGAGCUGACCAUGCCGUAGUCUAUAAUUGCAGCAUAAUAGGAUACCAAGACACGCUCUAUGUACAUUCAAAUCGCCAAUUUUUCCGUGAAUGUGACAUAUACGGAACUGUCGACUUCAUAUUUGGCAAUGCUGCCGUAGUGUUUCAAAACUGCAGCAUUUACGCUCGUAAGCCUAUGCCGUUGCAGAAAAACACCAUCACCGCCCAAAACCGCAAAGACCCUAAUCAAAAUACGGGUAUUUCAAUCCACGCUUGUAGGAUCCUCGCCCAAUCAGAUCUCGAGGCAGCGAAAGGUAGCUUCCCGACAUAUCUAGGUCGUCCGUGGAAACUGUAUUCACGAGUUGUGUACAUGUUAACAUACAUGGGCGAUCACGUUCAUCCAAGAGGAUGGUUAGAGUGGAAUGCAACAUUUGCACUCGAUUCACUAUACUACGGUGAAUACAUGAAUUACGGUCCGGGCGGGGCUGUUGGGCAACGGGUAACAUGGCCGGGGUAUCGGGUGAUUACAUCAAUUGUGGAGGCAAAGAAAUUCACAGUAGCAGAAUUUAUUUAUGGAUCAUCAUGGUUGCCAUCUACUGGAGUAGCAUUUUUAGCAGGAUUAUCAGUAUAAGUAACAUUCUGUACAAUAGAUAAAAAAAUGUAUGUGGUUAAUAAUUGUCUGCAAGUCUAUUUUUUUCUCUAUUAUUUUUUUCAGUAAAUGUUAAUUAAAUAACCAUUAUGAAAGGUAAUUGUUUUUCUCUUA